UAUUUAACGGACUUUCUUGCACAAAAUAUAAUUUUUUUUUUUUUUUAAAAAAAAAAUGGGUGUUAAUACUGAAUAGUGAACAAAUACAGACAAAAAGCUCGAAACAUACUAUACUGGACAACUAUUUCAAAAAAAAUUGUUUCAUCAAAAAAAUAUUAAUACUGCUACUGUAAUUAUACUAGAAACAUUAGCGAGCAACGCUAAGAGAAUAGUAUAAUUCUCUGGUAUUGCGAAACCUUCUUUAAGCGAAAAACGCCUUUGGUCAGAUUAGGAAAGUUGUAUGCAGAGGUGAUACAAAUCACGAGUUUUUUAUUGCAUUGUCAAAAUGUCGUUAAUAUGGAUAUUUAUGAGGAAUAAACGUUUUAUGAUGAUGUAGUAUAGAUCCAUUCCAUCAAUAUCAUGUAUGUAUAUUGUAUACACAGGUGGAUUACAAAGUUCAAACGACAAAGAGAACCUCCUUUGCAUGUUGAGAGAAGCGUUUUAGUUUAUGGUACCCGUAGUUUUCUGAGGAGUGACAAAAGAUAUAUCUGUCGAACCGCUUUUAUUAUGGUGGAGAUACAUUCAUUAAACCAAUUGUGAAGAACUGUCCUUAAUAUCAAAGUUUUGACAAUGAUUUGACGAUAACAUUAUGAAUCAAUAAUAAUACCAACUUUUUAAGGGUGGAUCAAAAUGUAUUACGUGAACACUUAUGAAGCAAUUAGACUAUAAGACUAAUCCAUUAGUGGCUAAUAGUAUUUACAUAUUAUCU